AUGACGCGUGCGCCAGCAUCGAGCGCAAAUUUUGUUCGAGGAAAGUCCGGGCAUGUACCAUUCUGGCCAGGUGGACUGGAGGAUGCAGUCAUCAGUAGAGGGACAGGCGACAUUAGCGAGGAAGAAAAGAAGCAACUGAGGACCGUCGCGCCUGGCCUCAGCCGCGGGUUGCGUCUCCCGGGAGAUCCGGAGGAGGACGACGUCCUACAGGAGCUUGAGGGUAUAUACGCUUCUGAGGACGCCGAAAAUGGUGGGGAGGCAGAGGCAUCCAAUGGCCAUGUUGAGGCGGAGGCUCCUGUGGCCGGUAGUACAGAAAUCGACGAGCUCCUACCGACGACACGUGCCAACUUAAACCCCAUCAAGGCCUCACAGCGCAAACGUCCGCGCACCAAAAUUCAAAAGCGCGACUGGGCCCAUGUCAUCGAUGUCAACAAGCCUUUGAACAACUUUCAUGAGCUGGUUCCGGAGAUGGCACACAAAUACCCGUUCGAGCUGGACACGUUCCAAAAGCAGGCCGUCUAUCAUCUCGAGAUGGGCGAUUCAGUAUUCGUGGCGGCGCAUACAUCGGCAGGGAAGACGGUCGUAGCCGAGUACGCGAUUGCUCUCGCAGAAAAGCAUAUGACACGCGCCAUCUACACCUCUCCCAUAAAAGCGUUGUCGAACCAAAAGUAUCGCGACUUCAAGCAGACGUUCUCCUCUCAAAAUGUUGGUAUUCUGACGGGCGACGUACAAAUCAACCCGGAGGCGAACUGCCUCAUCAUGACAACCGAGAUUCUGCGUAGUAUGCUGUACAAGGGCGCCGACCUCAUUCGAGACGUCGAGUUCGUGAUCUUCGAUGAGGUGCACUAUGUGAACGACGCUGAGCGCGGAGUGGUUUGGGAGGAGGUCAUCAUCAUGCUUCCUGACCAUGUUAGCAUCAUCUUGCUGUCCGCCACGGUGCCAAAUACCAAGGAAUUCGCCGACUGGGUUGGUCGUACGAAGAAGAAGGACAUCUACGUGAUCUCAACCGCCCAGCGACCGGUACCCCUAGAGCAUUAUCUCUACGCCGGACGCGACUUGUUCAAAAUUGUGGACGCGAAGCGUAACUUCCUCGCACUUGGGUACAAGGAAGCUGGAGAGGCUUUGCGGCGCAAGCAGGACAAGGAGCGCGAAGCUGCCGGACUUCCUCCUGUACAGCGCGUCGGCGCCAGAGGGGGCGCGCAGGGUCAACGAGGGGGGCGUGGUGGCCCGCCAGCUCGCGGCGGGCGCGGUGCCGCACCACCUGCCAGAGGCGGCCGAGGAGGCUCUACAGGAGGACGCGUCGUCCAUAUGGAUAAGAACCUCUACGUCCACCUUCUCGGUAACCUUCGCAAGCGCAAUCUCUUGCCGGUCGUGGUCUUUACUCUCUCGAAGAAACGCUGUGAGGAAAACGCGUCGACACUUACCAAUCAGGACCUUUGCACGUCCGUGGAGAAGAGUGAGGUACACGUAGCUAUCGAGAAGGCGCUUUCUCGCUUGAAGGCUCCGGACAGGAAGUUGCCACAAAUUAGCCGCAUGCGAGACCUGCUGAGUCGGGGCAUCGGUGUUCAUCAUGGAGGUCUGCUGCCAAUCGUGAAGGAACUCGUGGAGAUCCUUUUUGCCCGUGGUCUGGUCAAGAUGCUCUUUGCCACUGAAACCUUUGCCAUGGGAGUGAACAUGCCCGCGAAAUCCGUAGUGUUUUCUGGUAUACGCAAGCACGACGGACGGUCUUUCCGUGAUAUCCUACCAGGAGAGUACACUCAGAUGGCGGGGCGUGCUGGCCGUCGUGGGCUUGACCCUACUGGUACCGUAAUCAUCGUAGCGAACGACAGCCUUCCCGAGCAAACCGCGCUGCAUACGAUGAUGUUGGGUACUCCCGGGAAGCUCAUCUCCCAGUUCAGGUUGACGUACAACAUGAUCCUGAACCUUCUGCGCGUGGAGGCAUUGCGAGUGGAAGAAAUGAUCAAGCGAAGCUUCUCGGAGAAUGCCUCACAGCGACUGCUUCCUGAGCAGCAGAAGAGGGUAAUAGAGGGCGAGAAGACGCUGGCCGGACUCGAGAAGCUGGCCUGUGACAUUUGCGUCCCAAGCAUAGAGUCGUACUACGACGAUAUGAACGAUGUCGUCAACAUGAACCAGAAGCUGCUCUCUAUGGCGGUAUCCCAUCCCCAGGGAGCGCGUCUUCUGUCAGCGGGGCGCGUGGUCGUACUAAACGACGGACAUUUCAAGAAGAACACUAUCGCUGCGCUCCUUCGGCAGGCUCCCGUGCAGGCCUCCGAUGAUGGUGUCUUGUCGAAGGUCAAGACUUACUACGUCCUCGCACUAGUCGAUCAGGCCACGAAGAGUGGUGACUUCGCAGACAUAAAUCCGGACGCAAUCCCCCCAACGUGGCCUCCCGCGGCCAAUUCUUUAGCUUACGACGAUCCAGUGUACGAGCUUUCCGCUGUCCCCUUGACUAGCAUAUCCCUUGUCGAGGUCGAUGCCAUCGUGGACCGUCAUCUCAUCUCGCGCAUGCGGGACGGUAUUGGCCAGCUAGGCGCGCUCGUAGAAGAAUGGUCAAGCGCACCAGAGAUACCAGAGAUCGAUUGGUCGCGCAUGCGCGCUCUGGAAUUCCAAGAGAUCCUGCGCGAGAGAACAAGAUUAGUAGAGCGCUCGCGCGACAGUGUUUGCUUACACUGUCCUGACUUCGGACGCCAUUACACGACCAUACACGCCGAGAAAGUCCUGCGCGCCAACAUUGCCAACCUCAAGCUUGCUAUCUCCGACCAGAACCUGGAACUAAUUCCAGAUUACGAGCAACGAAUCGAGGUUCUCAAGGACUUGAAGUUCAUCGACGAGAACUGCACAGUAUCGCUGAAGGGCCGCGUGGCCUGCGAAAUCAAUUCAGCCAACGAGCUUGUGCUCACGGAGUUGAUCCUCGAGAACACUCUUGCGAACUAUGAUCCUGAAGAGGUCGUGGCCCUCCUCUCAUGCUUUGUGUUCCAAGAGAAGACGGACGCAGAGCCUGCUAUACCACCCAAGCUCAAAGAGGGUAUGGAGGCAAUCAUGGCCAUCAGCGACCGCGUCGGAGCCGUGCAAGACUACCACAAGGUCGCUGCAGAGGAUUUCCGCUCCAACCUCAAGUUCGGGCUCGUUGAGGUGGUGUACGAGUGGGCCAAAGGCAUGCCGUUCGAGCAGAUCACAGCCUUGACAGACGUGGCCGAAGGAACCAUCGUCAGGGUUAUCACUCGUCUCGAUGAGACCUGCCGUGAAGUGAGGGAUGCAGCGAGAGUCAUAGGAGACGCCGAGUUGUUCAAGAAAAUGGAAGAAUCCCAGAUGAAGAUCAAGCGCGACAUUGUAUUUGCUGCAAGUCUGUAUUUCUAG